AUGACUUUCCUCUCCGAGAUUGGUGACAAAACGUUCUUUGUUGCUGCUGCUAUUGAAGAUGAACAGAAAAAGCAGAAAAGACCGUUCCUUAUUGCAUUCUUCUCUCCUAUUUUUCUAAAGGCGUUUUCAAUUAACUUCUUUGGUAAGUGGGGUGACAAGAGUCAGCUUGCGAAUAUUGGUUUGGCUGCAGAUGAAAAUCCAGUUGGCGUGGUCCUUGGCGGAAUUUUGGCUCAAACAUUGUGCACCACAGCUGUUGUGUUUGGUGGAAAGAGCUUAGCAUCUCAAAUAUCUGAACGAAUUGAGGCUCUUUCCGGUGGAAUGCUUUUCAUUAUUUUUGGCAUCCAGUCAUUUCUUACUCCGGUUGAUGCUUGACACCUCCAUAUGGUAUUCAGUCAGUUGCAACUAAAAUCGUUUUGGCAAUAACAUUCAUUUGUAUACUCCUUUUAAGUUUUCCCCAUGUCUUGAAACAGCAGGUUUCUUGGAUUUGAAUGCUUUUAUGGCAAUUGGAACAUUCAUUUGUAUACUCUUUUUAAUCUCAAUUGGAAGUGAAGUAGAUUGAGCAACCUUCUUUAGAAUACUCUAGUGGAAGGAAGUUUUUGUUUAA